AUGUCUCAAACCUUCAAGGCGAGCGACGUCGCGUCGCAUAACAAGCCCGACUCGCUAUACAUCAUCGUCGACGAGGACGUCUACGAUCUGACAAAGUUCCAGGAUGAGCACCCCGGCGGCAAGAAGAUCCUGCAGAGGGUCGCCGGCAAGGACGCCUCCAAGCAGUUCUGGAAGUACCACAACGAUGGCAUCCUGAAGAAGUACAAGUCGACACUGCAGGUCGGCUCCCUCGACACAAAGGCCAAGGCUGAGGAGGUCGCAACGCCGUCUCCCGCGGUCGCAGCUCCAAAGGCCACCGAGGCGAGCAAGCAGGUCGUCAAGAACACAAACCUGGACGAGUCCGAGGCCCUGGAGCCCUACGGAAGCCAGAUCCCCUUUGCCGACCCCAGCUGGUACCAGAGCUACCACUCCCCUUACUUCAACGAAUCACACGCCGCUCUCCGUGCCGAGGUCCGCGAAUGGGUCGAGACCAAGAUCGAGCCGUUCGUCACAGAGUGGGACGAGAAGAAGGAGGUCCCCCGCGAGAUCUUCCUCGAGGCCGGCAGCCGCGGAUACCUGGCCGGUCUGCUGGGUGUGCACUACCCCGUCGAAUACACAAAGAACAGGAUCCAGGCUGUUGCACCGGAGCAAUGGGAUCUCUUCCACGAGAUGAUCGUGACCGACGAGCUGUCGCGCGUCGGUAGCGGUGGCUUCGUCUGGCACAUGAUCGGCGGCUUCGGCAUCGGCGGCCCCCCACUGGUCAAGUUCGGCAAGAAGGCUCUGAAGGACAGGAUCCUGCCGGGCAUUCUGGCUGGCGAGAAGAGGAUAUGCCUUGCCAUCACCGAGCCCGACGCCGGCAGCGAUGUCGCAAACCUGACCUGCGAGGCCAAGCUGAGCGAGGACGGCAAGCACUACAUCGUCAACGGCGAGAAGAAGUGGAUCACCAACGGUAUCUGGUGCGACUACUUCACCACCGCCGUGCGCACGGCAGACAAGGGCAUGAACGGCGUUACUCUGCUGCUCAUCGAGCGCGACAUGGGCGGUGUCAGCACGAGACGCAUGGAUUGCCAGGGCGUGUGGUCCAGCGGUACGACCUACAUCACCUUCGAGGACGUCAAGGUGCCGGUCGAGAACGUCCUGGGCAAGGAGAACCAGGGAUUCAAGGUCAUCAUGACCAACUUCAACCACGAGCGCAUCGGCAUCAUCAUCCAGUGCCUGCGCUUCAGCCGCGUCUGCUACGAGGAGUCGGUCAAGUACGCCAACAAGCGCCGCACCUUUGGCAAGAAGCUCAUCGAGCACCCCGUCAUCCGCAUGAAGCUGGCCCACAUGGCCAGGCAGAUCGAGGCCUCGUACAACUGGCUCGAGAACGUCAUCUACCAGUGCCAGAAGAUGGGCGAGACCGAGGCCAUGCUGCGCCUCGGCGGCCCCAUCGCUGGUCUCAAGGCCCAGUCCACCCUGACCUUUGAGUUCUGCGCCCGCGAGGCCAGUCAGAUCUUUGGCGGUCUGAGUUACUCCCGAGGUGGCCAGGGCGCCAAGGUCGAGAGGCUGUACCGUGACGUCCGCGCGUACGCCAUCCCCGGUGGCAGCGAGGAGAUCAUGCUGGACCUGAGCAUGAGGCAAAGUCUGAGGGUGGCCAAGAUGACGGGUAUGAAGCUGUAG